AUGAAGUUCCUCACUGCUCUCUCCGCUAUUGGGGCGUUGAUAGCCACCGCUACGGCAGCUGCUGUUCCAAAUACGCCAGCAAAGCAGUCCAUGAUUGACGUUCAGCUUUCGGCUACCGGAAACACCAUGAUUAAAGCCACCAUCACCAACAAAGGAGACAAGGCUUUGAACUUGCUGCAAUUCAAUACCAUUCUCGACAAGAAUCCAACCCGCAAGGUCAGGGUCUACCAGAACGGCACCGAGGUCAAGUUCACCGGAAUGCUUCCCCGGUAUAAAAUGUCUAAUCUCUCUCCUAAAUAUUUCACCCCUCUUGACCCAAAAUCCAGCAUUGAAAGCACCUUUGACAUCGCUCGUACCCAUGAUUUGACUCGCAGUGGAAAGAUCACCCUCAUGGCCUCUGGAAUCAUUCGUACUGCCGAGGGACAUGGAGCAAAUGCAACCACCAUCACCGGAUAUGCCAGAUACGAGUCCAACAAGCUUGAAUUGGAUGUUGACGCAAAGAAGGCAUCCUCCGUUGGACAAGCCAUGGGAAAGGUCAAGAAAUCACGCGGAACUAUCGAUAAGCGCACCAACAUCGACACCUCCAGCUGCAACCAGGGCCAACUUGAGGCUCUGGAAGGUGCCCUUUACAACUCUGCUGCCCUCGCUCAAGCCGCUGCCGAAGCUGCCCCUUCCAACCUCAACACUGUCGCAGAGUUCUUCAAAUCUACUAGCAGCAGCACUGUUAACACCAUCGUCUCCCGUCUCCAGUCCGUUGCGAGUGAAUCCUCCUAUGUUGAUUAUGGAAGCACUACCUACUAUUGCACUGAUUCCAUGAAUGGCUGCUCUCCUGGUGUCCUUGCCUAUACUCUUCCGGACCAGAAUCUCAUUUUCAACUGCCCAAUCUACUACUCCGACCUGCCUGCCCUUGCCCAGUCUUGCUACGAGCAGGAUCAGGCCACUACCACUCUUCACGAGAUGACCCAUAACUCUGCCGUUGUUAGUCCCUUCUGUGAUGACUUGGGUUAUGGAUAUGAAGAUGCCACUUCUCUUUCUGCUGCUCAGGCAAUUCAGAAUGCCGAUUCCUAUGCCCUUUUUGCUAAUGCUAUCUACCUCGGUUGUUAG